GAGGCAAGAAUUGCACUGCAAGUCGCCAGAAAAUUGUGCAACGUUAUGGGGGAUCAUUUUAAAGAUGAAAAGAUUCGAAAGACCGUAUUUGUUGACGCGAUACGCCCCCUCUUCCGCGGUUGGAUAA